GUGUUAGCAAAUUAGGGAAAGGGAAAAGAAAAAGUAAUUAUUAUUAGUAUUGAUGAUGAUAAUAAUAAUAGAAAGAUGAAGGCUUCACAAAUACAUUUGAUAAAUGCGAGGAAUUGUUGAACAAUAAUUUGGCUGAGUUCAGUCCACCACUAUUAAACUUGCGCCAAUUUCAACUCAUUUUUUCUCCUUUUUAUCUGGGAAUCACUUUGAAAAAAUUCUCUAAAUUCUCAUCUAUCUCAUCGGUUUUUGUUUGUUUUCGCCAUUGAAAGGGUCUGUGUUUCUUUGUUCAACAGUUUUGAUUCGAUUCACAACCAAAGCCAUGGUGCCCAAAUACGGUUCCUUCAAACACAGUUUUGCCGAGAGGAGGGAGAGGCUUCUUUCGACGGCCAAGGAAUUUCCCGACCUGGGUUUCAACGCCAUUCAAACCAUUCAUGAGAAUCCUUCCUGUUGUUCCUCCGUUUCUCAUAGAUUUUCUUAUAUAUGGAACUCCGUUCAGGAUGUUCUUUACAAAGCUUGGCAGAUGGGUGUUUCUGACCCUAGAAAGAUCGUUUUCUCUGCUAAAAUGGGUCUCGCUCUUACGCUCAUUUCUUUGUUGAUAUUCUUCAAACAACCAGUUGAAGAGCUCAGCCGCUACUCUGUUUGGGCUAUUCUCACUGUUGUUGUCGUCUUUGAGUUUAGCAUUGGAGCAACUUUAAGCAAAGGACUGAACCGUGGAAUUGGCACACUUUCAGCUGGAGGUCUUGCAUUGGGAAUGGCAGAGUUAUCAGUUCUUGCAGGACAAUGGGAAGAGGUUGUGGUUGUUACCAGUAUCUUUAUCAUGGGAUUCUUUGCUACUUAUGCUAAAUUGUAUCCCACAAUGAAGCCUUACGAAUAUGGAUUUCGAGUCUUCUUGUUGACAUAUUGUUUCAUAAUGGUGUCGGGAUAUAGAACUAGAGAAUUUAUCCAUACCGCCGUGACACGAUUCUUACUCAUUGCACUUGGUGCUGGAGUGUGUUUGGUUGUAAACAUAUGCAUUUACCCCAUUUGGGCUGGUGAAGAUCUACAUAAUCUAGUAGUUAAAAACUUUGGAGGCGUGGCUGCAUCCUUAGAAGGUUGUGUUGACAGCUACCUUAAUUGUGUCGAGUACGAGAGAAUACCAUCGAAAAUCCUCACCUACCAAGCAUCUGAUGAUCCAUUGUACAAAGGCUAUAGGUCAGCAAUGGAAUCUUUGAGUCAAGAGGAAACUCUGAUGGGAUUCGCAAUCUGGGAACCGCCACACGGUCGAUACAGGAUGCUUAAAUAUCCAUGGAAAAAUUAUGUUAAAGUAGCCGGUGCACUGAGGCAUUGUGCCUUUGCUAUAAUGGCAUUACAUGGAUGUAUACUAUCAGAAAUACAGGCUUCAGCUGAAAGACGACAGGUAUUUGGUAGUGAGCUUCGGAGGGUAGGUUACGAAGGUGCUAAAGUCCUGCGCGAGCUUGGGAACAAGUUGAAGAAAAUGGAGAAAUUAGAUUCGGCAUCCAUACUCUCUGAGGUACAUGAUGCUGCAGAAGAGUUGCAAAAGAAGAUAGACGCAAAAUCCUACCUUCUAGUCAAUUCAGAGAGCUGGGAAAUUGGCAAUCGUCCCGAGGACGUAGGACAACCCCAAGAACUACUCAACUUGGACGAUGAAGAAAUAAGGUUUCGUGAAUACAGAUCACUCAGUGAAGCUGUGCUUGAUCUUAGGACCUUACCAAUCCUGAAAAGCUGGGAUGACUCUGCGUCAUCAGACAUAAACUCUAUAACGUCCACUCCACUCCCCCCCUCAAAAAUGUUCAAGAAACUAGGAUCAUGGCCUGCACAGGUAUCAGUCAAACAAAACGGAGUAAUACAUGAAGAAGAAUCGAAAACAUACGAAAAUGCAAGCGCAUUGUCGUUAGCUACGUUUACUUCUCUCUUGAUUGAAUUUGUAGCAAGGCUGCAAAACCUCGUCGACUCAUUUGAUGAGUUGAGCGAGAAAGCGAAGUUUAGCGACACUAUGGAAUGGGAAACAUUGAAAACUCCAGGGUGUUGGAGAAGGUUUUGCCACUGCUUUAAGGUAUAGUCAGCCAAAGAUGUUUGAGAGGAUGAAUGCUGCUGAUGAGUUAGCUUAGCUACAUACUAAUCUCAUUAUAUGUUAUAGAGAGUAGAAAGUUUAAUAUGCACUUGGAGGCACUUGGAGCCAUUGGGAAAAUAGAUGUAAAUGUAAAAUAUCAAUACAAAUAGUCAUGAUGAUGAUGCCAUUAAUGAAAUCUUACCAUUUUUCUACCUA